AGAACCUCCCUGCCAUCCUACGGAUCACGCAGCAGCAGGAAAACCAGCAGCAGGCCGUGGAAACAGCUGAACAUCGCCGGACGGCGCCUGCCAAGCCGGUCUGCGUCCACGGCUACCGCGAUAUCGCGACCCGCCAUUCAGUUGUUUUCCGCGCGGCUUGCUAGAGAGCACAUAUCCGCGACCGCGAUCGGCAGUUGUCAUCCUAUCCUCUCUCGAUAGAGAGCAGGCUCAAGCGGUGACGUUUUCUGUGGAGAGACAGGAGGCUCAACGGCGGGCCUCCUACUCAGAAUUACUCUCAUCGCUUAUUAGCCGUUUUCUGUGAUACUUGCUGAGAUUCUUUCAGUGGACAGAAGGCAUUUACAGCUUACUGCGACCCGCUUAUCGCUGACAGCCAGGUGUUUUCUGCGCCCGGCAUUUGUCACCCUGCCUAUUGACUGGUAGACACCAGAAGAGGCUCAAUCAGCGGGGUGCCGUCUGGACAAAGUCAGGUUUUGCUCAUCGCUGACAGGCAGUCGUUUCCCGCGUCCUGCAUUUCUUACCCUGCCUACUGAACUUUUCUUGGUGGCUCUUUAUGUGAAGACAAGGCUCAAGGGUUACGUCGCGUGAACAGAAUCGUUGUUAGGUUCAAGCAGCGUACAACGGGGUUCACGUUUUGGAUUUCGGCCAGUUCUGCUGUUUGGAAUAUGACGUUCAUGACUAACUACCAUAAUAACAAGAACAGUGUUAGUAGGGCAGGCCUGCCUGGGACGCACGGACAAGCCAAGCAGGCAUGGUAUGUUAAAAUGCCUAACGAGAUCUCAGGCGGUGGUUGCGGUCCGAAUGGCUGCACCGGCGGAGUUGCAACUCCCGGUUCCGGCACUAACAGCUCUGGAAAACUCCGGUGCCCAGCGCCCAUCUCCAGGCUACGCGUUGAAAAAAUCGAAGGAGGCCUUAUGGUUGCCGGAGUGGUCGUAGCGGCCAACUGCCAGAUCAUUUUGCCCAUAUUUGGUUUCCUAUUCACCUUGGUCGGAUGUGUUCUCACAGCGGCGUCGUACCGAGGCCCCGGCGCAGACGAAGAACCCGAGCGGUACGAAGCGCGCGUGGCCUUCACCGGCAACUCGCGCAUCCUCGGCCCAGGAUGCAUCGUAGUGGGCGUGGUCAUGCUUGCCGCGGGUUGCGCCCUCUGCGUAUUAACGCGAAGGGCGGGGAGAAGACAGAGAAGGGACGUCGAGCGACAGCCGGUCGGUUUUCAUUGCCCCCUACAUGGAGACUUCUACCCAUUGGCUACCGGCGGUGGAGGCGGCAACGCAGGAUCCGGUGGGAUGGUCUCGGUGGAGUCCACGGAAGAUAGCGCUGGAAGUGGGGAUCAAAUUGGCAUAAUCGAGAAGAACACAACCUGCGGCUUAUGCUGGCCGAGAAAGAGAGGUCCAGGUGCUAUAGCAGUUGGACCUCCUCAAUGUCCUCACAGCCAGGUGUCAAGCACCAGGAGCUCAAUUGCCAGUUCGCCACAUAGUCAGUGUCCUACGCCUCUGCCGUUUCUUGUCAAUUCUGGAUCUGCUGGUGGGAUAGUGUCGCAGUCUGUGCAGCUGUCCCCCGAGCAACAGUUCGGCUCAAUUCGGUCUCUCACCGUGGGAGGUGGGGGGAGGGAGGUCGCCAGCUUCCCAUUGUCCAGGACGCCUACACCGCCACCUGGCGACAGAAGUCACAAUCUAGUCCAUAUCCCGGAUGAAGAAAGGCUGGUGAAUUCCCACUUCGAAAAAAUUCCCGUGCAAAGAGAAGGCCCAAGAAAAUCAGUCUCGAUAGUCCUGCCAACUGAAGAAAAAGGAUGACCUGUAGUUGACCUCUAGACAUGUGACCAAUGUCCAUCAAAAUACCCCUUUUGUUAUAGAAAAGUGUAAGCCAUCCGGUUUCAUGUAUUUUGAGGUAUAUUUUCUUGCAUGUAAAAGACAUAAUGUACCGUGAACGAACUGCUUUGUAUGUCAUACAUUUGAAUGUCUGUGGAUCUUACCUCAUGAAGGUUGCAGUGACAUAAACAUUGACGUAAGAGUUGUUCGAAGAACAAUCUGGUGGUGGCAUCUACAGAAAACGAUGUCGUCAAUAGCUUGGAAACCUAUAUAGAAAUCGAAUAAGCUUAUGCAUGUGAAAAUCAAAAGUUUGCCAAUUUUGGCCUAAAAAAGUUUUAACUUUAGAUGGUAACAUCAAAAAUUAUAAUUUUUUACUGAGUCCUUGAACAUUGAAUAUACUCAUUUUUAGGGUUUUUCAUACAUUAAAUUGACUUUAAGGAAAAGUUACCGGAGGCCUUCUUUGUUUAGAUUAAUCCAAAAAACCUACAAAUUCAGCUUACCCAUGCAUUUAUAAAUUCGCCGGUCACAAUCUGGCAACGACGCUCUAAGGUUAUAGUCCAAGAGCCGACCGCAAGUUUUGUGUUACUUUGUAUUCUGAGAUGAUAUGAUAAAUACUAGUAAAAUCUCACGUAUUUUGAUGUUAAAAAGCAUACUUGCUAGGUUAACUGUUGAUCUGAGCGAUGUAAUUAAUCAUUUUAAAAACUGAAUAUUUGCUGCAGCAGAAUACAUGACGUACUGCAAUAAAAUUUCAUGGUAUACUUUUUUCAACUUGAUCUGCUUUCAUAAUUAUGUUUGUUGAAUGUCCCUUAACAUGAAAAAAGAGAAGCCGCUCAGAAACCUGGUCAAAAUUUGCUUAAACAAUUUUGUUUAAAUAAAUUUCAAAAAAGUAUUUUUUGGCCAGGAAAAUAUUAUUCUGAACAAAAAAGCCCCAAGUAACUUCUCUCUAAAGUUGACCGUUUUCGAAUUAUAGGCGAUAAUGGCGCAAAAACACAAGAAAUGCUUAAAUGCUCAGUUAAAAAUUAUAAUAUUUAUGGCUGUACAAGACCCCGAAGAGUAUUUUAAGAUCAGUUUGUUUUAAAGUGAUUUUUAACCUUUUUUAGCGAACUUUUGAUUUACGCAGACCCUAUUAAGCAAUUUUUAACUAUUAUCUUCGAACAAAUAUGUGCUUCAUCAAGAAAAAUGAAUCAAUGAAGCGGCAUUUUCUUUCUUGAGCAAGUCGAACAUUAUAAAAAAAAUGCAUCCCGAUGUUUAGUGUUCCUGGCUUGAGCGUUGAAAUUGUCCUUACAUUUUUCUAUUCUUCUUGGUCUUUGCAAUCAAUAUCGGUCAUUAUGUUGACCGUUUGAUCUUUAAAAAAUCGAUCAAAAAAGGAGAAUUAUUAACAGAAUCCGUUUGAAAAUGUAGAAAGUUUGUAGCUUUGCCGGUUUUUGAUCUGCGAUAUUUGAGACGGGAUGCUCUGUGUUUGAUUUUUUGCGAUUUUAAAAAUUUAUUUAAAAUUUCUCACGACCUUUUUGAAUCUGUAAUUGCUCAGUCAUACAAUUUUCCUUAAGUUUAACAUGGACAAAACGUUGUGAUCAUAUGAAUGCUCAAUAGGAUUUAUUUCUAAAACAUAGUCAAAACGUUCUAAUUUGCACAAAAAUGUGAAACCGAUUUUGUCCCCAAAUCUUAGAAAUGUGGAAAAUGGCAACGUCGAACUGGCGAUCUUUAAUUCAUUUUAGAGUUCAACGUUGCCAUUUCGCGUAUUUUAGCGUUUUUUGUAACACAUAAGGGCUGAUAUUGAUUGUUCAUAGUGUAGCUACCCUAUUUAAGCUCAUGAUGUUGUGUUUCUGUGAUUUUAAACUUUUUUUACAUACCUUAGGUAAGCAUAUCACCAUGCAUGGGCAUUCGAUAUAAAAACUAUUGAGUUAAGCGAUUUUUUUCAACUUUGUGUGUUUCAUUGUUUUAAAUGGAAUGUAUGUUGUAAGUUCCGCGUAGAUUCCAGUAAAUAAGUUUAGCGGAAAACACACCUCUCUACUGUAUUAAUUUUAAAAUGUACAGGUUGUGGCGAGGUUGCCAAUAAUGCUGAAAAAUCAGACUAUAUCUCGCAAAAUACGUAAAUUUUUAUCAAAUUCUAUACUGCCUGUCGGAACUGAUUUUUUCUCAAUUUGUCAGUGACACUUUCUGAGAGAAUGUCUAUAAAAACUACUUUUACUAUGUAACAGUAGUAGCAGAACUAGUAGUAGUGGGGAGGCAAAGCCAGGCAAGUAGGCCAGCUUUGGCCCUUUUUGCCCCGAGUGUACCAACACUUCACACCACGUGUUAUCUACUAAUCUGUCGAAUUGUACUGAUUUUCUAGUAAAGCUCAGGAUAUCCGACCAUUUCGCUGACUAAGCAACUUUAUCAAACUCCAUAGCCCCGAAUAUCUACGCCCUUAGACCACAAUACCCGCGGUAAUAGUCCAGAAAGUGGAACGCUGUUUUGUCCUCCUCCGAGCACAUGGGGAAACUUGGAUUUAUCUUCACACUUUAAAGGGAUAAGUGUGAUAACCUCACCAAAUUGUUGAGUGAUUUUCUACCUCUGUCCAGCUGCCAGCGCGUCCGACAUUUGCCUUGGCCCGCUACGAACCUCUUGGCCUCUAGCUCUCUCUCGCCAUGCUUUUCUCAGGUCGCUAUACACUUAUUCAGUCAGGGCUUCUGCUUAUACCCAGUCUAGGCUCGGGACCGAUGCAGGUGCUUCACACCCCCAGCCUAGCCAGGCGGUCAGCUUUCUCGUUGCCCGGUAUAUACUUCGCUUUGUCCGGGUUUCGAAAGCAGGUUCACUUAAAUCGUGCAGUAAUUACAUUCCUUAACUAAGGGUGACCUUGACCUCGGUGGCUUCCUUCAGAGCUGCUUGACUAUCGGAGCAUAUGAAUAGGCUCCGCUCGGUGCACUGCUCGAACUCUUCUGAGUAUACCACCAUUAAGGUUUGCCUCUACCUGGAAGAUCGUUGUGUAGGUUCCAAGCACGAAUAAUUCCUGCACGCCUUUGCAUUCGAAAUAUACUCCAGCCCCACUGGAUGCUGAUUCCUUGGUGAAGGAUAUGCCAUAGCAUCACACGACACACUGAGGCGGAAAUGUUGUUUCUCCAUUCACUUAUUCUUCCUUCGAAGUGAUGAUGAGUGAGAAUGCUAAGUCUGAUCUUAUGGUGUUUUGGCCCUUUCCACUUUUGCCGAAGAUAUGGAGAUGUUACAACUUUGAAAUUUAUCGUUAUGUAGGUGUGUGACUGAUGGGAGGUAAAAAGUGGUCCAUACUCGCGUAACAAUGUAGUCUGAAAAAUACUGUGAAGCGUAUUGCGUAGAUCUACCUUUAUAUAUCGGAAUAAUUAUUUAUAAAAUUAUAUUUUGCUUUUUUUAUUAACUACAAAUAUUUUAUUUAUUCCCAACAGUUUUGAAGAUAUUAUAUUUUUCCAUUUACCUUGUACUUUGCAGAUUUCAAAUGUAAAGAAACAUUUUCUGUGUAUCUUUGUUUUGCCACUGAUUUUAUUAACGUCGUGUGAAAAAUGUUAGCGAACAUUUAUCACAAAUCUUUGUACAAAAGUAUACUCUAGGAUUGAAAUGAUGUCUAGAUAGAUAGAAAAUAUUCCCACUUGACAGAUUUAACAAAAUCAAAUAAAAUUAUAGAUACACCAUUCACAUCAAAUUUUACUUAUGUCUUGUUAAAUGUCAUAUGGAAUAAUAGUAAUUUAAAAUAUAAAUUAAAAUCGUAGAUGAAACUUUAUUUUUAUGUUCUUAAUCUUUGAAAUAAGCAACAUAUCAUAAACAAACAGCAAAUUUUGGAAGUUUUUUUUUAUAUUGUGGCGAAAUGUUUCUUAUUUUUGACGGAUUUAGGUUGCUGAUAGACUAGAGGUGGGCAGUUUGGUACAAGUGUGUCGAUGCGAUAUGUCAGAAAAAGUAUCGAUUGAAUCGACACAAGUUUCGAUGCUGUCAAAUGCCGAAAAAAAUAAAAUUCCUUAUUUUAUCUAGAAAAUUUAAUGAAAACUCAUUUGAAGGAUGCUGAUGAAAGUAAUGCUCGAGGAGCUAGAUUAAAACUUCACUGAUUUUUUCUUCAAAUUCCUCACUACGCAGUACAUCUAGUCAUAAAACUAAUAAUGACAAUGACAACUGUCCAAUAAAUCUCAAUUGUCUUCCUUGACAGUUUGCUCCGUGUAUCCGGAACUAGUCACAGAUGACUAAUCACCAUAAAUGUCAAAUAACAAUGCCCUCUUAGGCUUAUCACAACGCUAGAAUCUUGAGUCGCAUAAUCAUAUGUUUGAUUAAUUUAGAUUUAUUGUCAUUAGGAGGAUAUUUUAAAGUACUUAUAUUUUUCACAGGUUAAAUAUUUUUAUUUGAUUGAAUUAUGAAAUUCCACUUUGUUUGGCUUGGCGACAGCAUAGUGGAUUUCAGCAUUAUUUUAAAUGAAUUUUAUAAUUUGUUAGGGGAAUGUUUAGUUUAUUUGGCCACAAAAAACCAAAAUAAGCACUGUACGCCAAUUCUGUAUUUUAUGGUAUAAUUCGUUUCACCUGAUACAAAAAUCUGUAUCGAAAUACGCUGGUAACAUGUAUCGAUAUGCCCAUCUCAAUGAAACAUGGAGUUUGAACCAAUCGUUUAUGAAAACAUAUAGUAAUUUUUUAUUGUAAACUAUAGUUUUUAUAUGAUACUGCGUAGAUUGAUUCUGUUACAUCUGUUCAAGGAAUAUGUCUGUAUUGUACUUACAGAGUUAAGAUUUGCCUCGAUUAUCGUAAAAUGUCAAAAUUUCGAUUUGCACCCUCAGUCCUGUGCCAAAAUGGCUAUAAACUCUAAUUGGAAGACUAGUCCAGGGUCCCAAACUCCAGUGACAGUCCUAAAAUACGCACUUCGUAAUCGGCGAUAGGAGCCUCCAUGAUAGGUGGAGCCAGACUGCAUUGUUUCUUGACAAGUACACAGUUUAAAAAAUAGUGUAUCCCACUUUUAGGUGACGCUUAGUAGUGAAUGAGACCCUGGACUACAUAGAAUGUAACAAACAUUUGCUUUGUUUUUGUUCUGUGAAUAAAGUAGAUGCUUUUAUGUUUCGAUUUUCUGAUGAUGAUAUAAGACGUGAUAAUAUAUGUAGUAGAUAUGUAUGUUGAGGCUGACUAGGUACAUUAAGGUUGAUAUGAUGUUAGUGUAAGCUGUUUUUACUCAAAACUGGAUAUGACGAUGGCGUAAAAUAUGUAACGGCUCUAUCACUUGCUCACCUAGUUAUUGUAGUCAUUACUUUUAUCUCAUUGUAAUAAGAAUAAAAUACUUUUAGAAUAUAUCAUGUUUGUGCAUUAUUUAUCACAGAAAUUACUCAGAAUUACCAAUAAAGAUAUUAAACAAA